UGCACUCUUCAGACAUGACUGUCCGUGUUCAACCUAGCAGGAAGUCAUCAUAUAGUCUCUGUUUUAAAUUAAACUUGCAUGCGUGCACGACUUUGACAGCCUCUUCUCUGUGUGCUGACGUGAAAGAGCGACGUACGUUGGCCAAACGGACAAACUGACCUACAGGAAACUCUGAGCCCACUUAAACCCGACCGUGGAACUGUCCGGUGCAGCCGCUGAUUGCAGGAUCUGGUGAGCUGCCAGCUGUGUCCUCUGCCCCACAGCAGGUGCAGCUGUCGAGAUGUGAGGAACAGUCAUGCCUCUUGUCAAGAGAAACAUUGAACCUCGGCACCUGUGCCAUGGUGCCGUGCCUGAUGGGAUUGGCAAUGAACUGGAAUGUGUAACCAACAACACACUGUCCGCCAUCAUUCGUCAGCUCAGUAGUCUGAGUAAACAGGCAGAAAAUGUUUUUGGGGAACUUUUCAAUGAGGCCAACACAUUUUAUGUGCGUGCAAACUCUCUCCAGGACCGGAUCGACCGCUUGGCGGUCAAAGUCACACAGCUGGACUCCAGCGUGGAAGAGGUCUCUCUUCAGGACAUAAACAUGAGAAAAGCAUUUAGAAGCUCUACUGUCCAAGACCAGCAGGUGUUAUCCAGGGGCAGCACUCCUAACUCUGUAGCUGACAUGUACAACAGCAGUGACAGGCCUCCCCCUCUCAGCAACCUCACAGCUUACAGAGAGGAUUCUAUUGAUGCGAUGAAAUUCUACUCUGACCCAUCGUACUUUUUUGACUUGUGGAAAGAGAAGAUGCUUCAGGACACUGAGGAUAAGAGAAAAGAAAGGCGAAGGCAAAGGGAACAGAAACGAUGUGUGGAGAGCAGCACGCUUCAGCGUGAGGUAAAGAAGGUGAGAAAGGCUCGAAACCGCAGACAAGAGUGGAACAUGAUGGCUUUUGAUAAAGAACUUCGUCCAGAUCAUCGCCAUCCACAGACUCUUCGACGGGGAGCAUCAUCAGAGGGCUCACUCUCACCGGAUGGCAGGCCUGACCUCCUGGACUACCCAAUCCCUCCGGUACCUACCCAAGCUGCUUGCAACUAUGCAAAAUCCCAUGAUUACAUCCCUGGAAAUGCACAUCCCUCACCACCUGUGGAGCAUGAAUACCACAGCAUUGAUGUCAACUAUAAGAGAGUGACCUACGCCCCAGUGGAAGCUCAUCCUGCAGACCGAAUAAAUGGUUCAGUACGUCUGCCUAAAGAUUAUAACUCGGCCCCUCCACCUCCUGCUUCUGGUCCUUCUAUUCCAUCAGCCCAGACAGCCUUUGGUUUUCCUCUGGGUCCGCUACCACCAGCAUCACAAAAUGGAGUUUUGCAUGUAGGCCCAGGGUACCCACUCCCACCAGUACCUCCUCUGGGGCCAUGUAUGGUCCCUCCUCCUCCAGGUCCCCCACCUCCACCUCUCCCUCCACCUUCUGGACCCUCACACAGGCCAGGACACAGUGAAGGCAGCAGAGCAGAAACUAAACCUGUAAGAGAUGCCAGAAGUGACCUGCUGUCUGCUAUCCGCAUGGGCAUCCAGCUAAAAAAAGUUCAAGAACAGCAAGAACAGCAGAACAAACGGGAGCCAGUGGGGAAUGACGUGGCCACCAUCCUUUCCCGACGCAUUGCAGUUGAAUACAGUGACUCGGAGGAUGACUCCGAGCUUGACGAGAAUGAAUGGUCAGAUUGACCAAACACACGAUUUCACAUCUGGCUGCAGUUUUGCUUUAGGAUGUCAUCGAAACACCUUAAGCAGAAUUGUGAAUCAUUCUGUUUGGCUCCAUCUAGUGUCGUCUAUAUGUUGACUCACUGUUGCACAUUGUAUAUUAUUUAUUUAUUCUUACACAUUAACAUUUAAUGUGGAAAUGCUACAACUGCACAGUUUGCACUAACAUACUAAAUCUUGUAAGUGUUCACAUCUACUGCACAGUUUGAAAACGGAUGAAUUGUAUGAUGUCAAUUAGUUUUUUUUAACCCCUGUUAAAUUGUGAGCCAUUAGUUUCUCUAACUCUGUCAUACUAACUUCAUUGUUCAAAUAAAAGUAUUCCCCUUGGUAUAAACUGACACAAUAAAUAGACUUUACCCAUGUGCAGCAGAAGUUCAAGCCUCAGGCCUUUUUAAUAGAAAACACUCUAAAAAAAAAAAAAAAAAAAAGCCUGCUAUGAAUAUUUCAUGCACUGAUUGGCUGAGCUCCAUGUGACUUAUUUAGUUUCAGUCUUAGUAUUGUGAACACUGGUUUCUUGUCACAACGUCUUGGGUAAGUGACUGCCUAGAACAGACCAAGACCAUUGUAAUUAUAUUACCAACACUUGUGCUUUUCCUACUAAGUCAAAAGUCAAAAUUAUGUACUGCAUUAAAAGUUUAUCAAGUGCAGCAUUAUAAUGCAACAUGUUUGUUGUUUUUUUUUUAUUAUAUAAUGUCAUCCCCCCUUAUAAACAACUCCCUAUAUCA